AUGCCGUUCGGUGUGGCGCACCCACUGCUGCGUUACAUCGCCCAGUUCGCGACCACGUCCUUCUACUCGCGCAUCGAGGUGAUCAACGGCGACCAGGUGCCCGAACAUGGGCCGGUGAUCGUCCUCAGCAACCACCACAACAGUGCCGUCGAUGUGAGUUGGCCCAUCUGGAUGCGAAGAAACGCUGAAGGCGAUCGGCUUUCGACGACGGACCCAAGUAGGACCCGCGAUGAUGUAGUGUCACCAGUGCACCACGGCGUCGCGCUUGCCUAGUUGGUCGAGGUGGGGGUCAUCGCGCAGUCCGCGUCCGCAGUAUACCGAACAUGGCUCAAACACAUCGCAGGACCGCAUGGGCAUGCCCUAGAUAGUGCAUUCAAUCCACCAUGCCAUGUCCGGUGUAUGAUCGGUUGAUCGGGAUCUUAGGAUCUCGCGGUGGACCGGGCACGAUGAGACGACGACAUUUCCGCGGCGCCAGGUGCUUUGACCCCGCCUCGACACAUAUCCGCGUGUGAACACUCAUCAAUGAUCUCACAUCUACUAUCUGACACUUUGUCUCACUUUUGUACUCACAGCCUUCAGUCCUGAGCAUCAAAUUCGUAAGCCGAGCACGCGGCCGGAUCCCGAGCCGAGCGAUGCUAAAUUUGUUCUCGUAAUCCGUCAAUUUGCAGCCCCAUGGUCGUAUGCUGCACUACUGGGCCAAGUCCACCUUGUUCACCAACAAGAUUGCUGGAUCGAUCCUCCGAUCAGCUGGCAACUUGGCCGUAGACCGCAAGACGAGGGUCAGUUCAUUCCAAGUCUCACUUGCAAAGGCCCACUUCGCGUCGUAUCACAUUCGCUGAUUCUGAUCGCCAACCAGGACAAUGCGUUGCUGUUUGCGUCGACAUUCGACGUGCUCAAACAAGGCGAAUGCGUCGCCCUUUUCCCGGAAGGCACUAGUGCGACCCUCCCCGGUCUCUUGCCUCAACUCAAAGACGGCGCUAGUUGGGCCGCACUCGAAUACCACAAGAACGUUCGCGAAAAGGGUCGCUUGCUCAGCAACGGCAUCGAUAGCGUCGAUGAGGAUCCUCAAGAGCUGACCAUCUGCCUCGCUGGCAUCAGCUACACCGACAAGAGCAAGUACCGGUCCGCGGUCGUGAUGGAAUUCGGACCGAGUUUCAACGUCGGACCUUUCCUCGACGAGUUCGAAGUGGACCCCAAAGCUGCGGCCAAAAGGAUGACGAAGCAUAUCGCGGAAGCGUUAACCAAGUUGACGGUCAAUGCACCUGAUUGGGACUCGCUCCACGCCGCGACGAUGGCGCGCAAGAUGCUCUGGGUCGACGACCGCUCGAUCCCGCUUCGCCAUCUCGUGCAGAUUGGCCAAACGCUCGUUGACCUCUUUGCGACUCGAACACCUUCACCCGAACUACGUCAAUUGACGAACCUCUUGUUGGCCUACCACAAAGCAUUGAGGGAUACAAGCUUCACGCAUUACUCGCUCUCGGGUGUGCCCUUGCCGGACAAACUCGACCCCAAUAACAAGCACGACUUGCCGACGCGCAUGAGGGUCCUGGGGCAUCUCUUGUUAUCGACGGGUAAAGCGAUGCUGCGGCUACCGUUCUUUGCUGCACCUUUGAUCGUGCACAUGCCGAUCUACUUGAUGGGCAAGUACUCGUUGAGGUUCAGCGAUCUGCAAGAGGAUCAUGCACAGAACAAGGUGGGUCGCCAAAUCGGAGAGGUCUCACGAAAACGCGACGAGCUGACCGUGAGCCGUGUCUCCGACGAAACUCCCCGCAGAUCGCCGUUUGCCUGGUUUUGUCCAUGGCGACCUACGUGACCUUGUUCUUCCUCGCGUGGGCAUUCUUGUUCAUCGCUCCGUAUGGAUUCAUCCUCGCUGCGAUCUUUGUAUGGCUCUUCGCGGUCUACCAUAAUAGUCUUGUCGAUGAUAAUUGUGAGUCGGGCACCUCCAAAGCCUCAGUUCCUUCUCUCGCUCUCAAACAGACUAAGUCAAUGGGCUUCGUCACACAGAUCUCGGAGCCAAAAAAGUCGUCGCUUCCUGGCGCGUACUCGUCGGGAUCUGGUCCGCGCAUGCCAAACACGAAACCUUGCACCAAAUCCAUUCCCUGCAACGUCGCUUCCCUUCCACUUCCAUCUCCAACGGAUUCUCUUCGGAAACAACCUCGACAAAUCAACAACGGACUUCGACGGAAGCCAUGUCCAUGCCUUUGUUGCAUGAGGAUAACGUCUCGGACGAAUCGAAUCCCAUUCGAAGGGUCUUGAGUUUAAGAGUCGAAGCCUCGGCUGCGUUGGGGGAAUUUUUAUUGGGUGAUGAGGAGGGUAAAAGGGUUGCUAGGAGAUUGGAGGAAUGGGGCGCCAAGGUUAGGAAGGUGAGGAAGGAAGUGCCCGCGGGUCAGGGGGCGGGAAGUGUAAGGUUGGAGUAG